UGUGCGCCGCAAGCGUGUCGGAAGAAGAUGGGAAACAUUACUCCUUGGGGUUGUUUCCCUACACGCACUUUACCUCUCCCAUCAGGAGGUACAAUGAUCUCGUCAUUCACAGAUUGUUACGGGCUUAUAUACGGCGUCAGCAAGCUCCGUACAGCAGGGAAGAAAUAGAAAAUAUCUGUGUGAAAGUGAAUGCAAUGUCAAGGAGGUCUAAGCAGUACCAACGAGAUUGUAAAGCGCUUCAGGAAGCUGUCGAUUUGCACAACAACCCACAGAUGAUAGGAUGUUUCGUUGAUGAUGUCUCAGACCGCGGAUUGUCGUUAUGUUCUCCCUCACUAAAACACGCAAAGAAAACGAAUCGAGAGUUGAGUUUUAAUCUUCUCGACAUGGGUUUUAAACCAGAGGUGUUGACGGACCCAAUCACAAACUGGAACAGUGUUAAAGCGACUUGGAGAAAACGUCUCUAUGAUGUCAAAGGUGAGGCCCCUAUGUACCCGCCAGAUCGCGGCAACGUCCUUCCGUUAAAUCAUCUGAGACAUGUAACGUUCAUUCAAUUGCCCAUCUGGGCAAAAAUGGUGCAAGCGGCAGCUAAUGGUCGACUUGAUGACCUUUCGAGACACAUGAAGAUCGCUGCCUCAAAGGAAAAGAUCAACGACAAAGGUUAUGACGAUGUCAGCACUGAAUGUCGCGAUAUCGCACUCCUGCAACCGAGCACGAAAUUCUCCUUGAAAUUCUUGAGAGGACAGACGUUGAACGUUCAGAUGACAGCAGGGCCACAGAGGGGCUUGUUAGCUGUAAAACCAAUGCUGUUUCACAUGACACACAGUGUCAAUCUCUGCCUGUUGCACACGGAUGACCCUGUUUUGCAUCUCUACCAGUAUGUAACGAAUUCAACAUGCGAUCAAUACCGGAACGUAAAACAAUACUUGCAACGCUGGUUACCGUUGAUUUUGAUGGAGGCGGCCACUGGCAUAGUUCAGAACGAAGAAUCAUGCUGCAUCAAAAAUAUUCCUAUCAAAUUUACAUCAGAGCGACAAGGAAAAUUUUCCUUGUGUCUUGCUCAUUGCGAGACCAGAAAUAUAGAAUUGUCGGGCACAGAAACCGACGACGAAGAAGAUGGUGAAACCGACCGCGACUCUUGUUCGUAUGACUGGCUCUGCUUGAAGGCAGCUAUUCCAAAUGCCAAGCAUGAAGCCAAUGAUUGCCAAUCCGUAUUCGGAAACCUGCAGAACUUUUGGGUAGGACAUGCGCAGGUGACCGGUGUCAAGAAGCUGAAAGAUGCAAACCAGACAGGCAAAUUAAAGGUUUCAUUUGAACUUCAUGACAAAACCCGAACAGUUCCCCUUGAACUGACACAAGAUGCGAAAAACGCGAAAUAUCAGGUUGAGAUAUUGCGAAAGUCGGAAGUCGAUAGGAGAACGGAAAGUUUUAUUAAGCAGCUAGCUGCGUGUGGCAAUAUUUUGGCGGUAAAUAUUGCCCUCAACACCAAAAUACCAGAUCUUGACCGAGAUCAUAUGCACAUUGUGAGCACGUUGUCAAAGCGUGACUUGUCGUUCGAAGGAAUGGAGGGAAGUGAUGAAAGGCCGCUUCCGCCAAACAAUAAAAUGCAACAGGAAGCCAUUGACAAAGCACUUAAAUCAAGAUUCACUCUUAUUCAGGGCCCACCUGGAACUGGAAAAACGUACACGGGGAUCAAACUAAUGUACCUGUUUGACAAGAUAAACCGUAUUCUACACAGAGAAGGAAAGCCCAGCAAACAGGUGCUUUUCUGUGGACCGUCAAACAAGUCGGUUGAUCUUGUUGCCAGAUGGAUGUUGAAUCGAAUGGGCAAUUACAAACCAAACUUUAUAAGAGUCUACGGUCGAUCCAUUGAAGCGAUGGACUUUCCCAUUCCCGGUCGCACAUUCGUAUCAAAAAAGAGUACGCGGACUUUGAAGCCAGAUGCGAUUCUUAAAUCCGUGACAUUACAUCACUUGAUUCGUGAAAAGGGUAAGAAAUACGCCGAGGAAAUCAAAGCGAUGGACCAAUUCUUCAAGAAAAACAACUAUGCCCCAAUGCCCAAAGAGGUUAGCAGAUACGUGCAUCUUAUCCGUGAGGCAUCCAUAGACGAGAUACGUAAGCACGAUGUUAUUCUGUGCACCACUGCAGUAGGCUCAAACCCCAAGGUGUUGGAGGCAACGUCCGUUCACCAGGUGAUUGUCGAUGAAGCUGGAAUGUGUCCUGAGCCACAAUGUUUGGUUCCGAUUAUUGCUACAAAAGCUGAACAGGUCGUUUUAAUUGGGGACCACAAACAGCUGCGCCCAAUCAUCAUGUGUAGAGAGGCAGGACAGCUGGGCAUGGAGACGUCGCUGUUUGAGAGAUACGCAAAUUCAAGCAGUGCAUGCAAUGUUCAGUUUGUUAUGCUAAACGAACAGUACCGCAUGCAUCCAGCUAUCUGCGAAUUUCCGUCUCGCCAGUUUUAUGACAAGAAAUUAAUUACUCGUUAUGGCGCCUGGUUAUCAAGACCUCAGGAAAGGCCUCUUCAGAUUUGGCCACGAAAUCCAAACGGUGUGUGUCCGCACGCUAGAUUAUCCCGAAUGCCAUGUCCGCGUGGCGAUUGCCCCGAACGUAUUUACCCACACGUCCUUUUGCACGUUGAGGGAGAGGAGAAAGUGCUUACAGUGUCCACGGAAGACGGCAAUGAACAGUCGAAGAGUAACGAAGCGGAAAUCAAUGAAGUGAUAAGAAUCUUCCGGUAUCUUGGUGAUCAAACCGACUACGCGCAGGUGUGCAUCCUUUCUCAAUAUAACGCACAGUGUGCCGAGAUCAGACGCAGACUGAAGGACGAACGACUGGUAGACACAAAUGUCAGCACUGUUGUUUCGAGUCAAGGUGGCGAGUGGGAUUAUGUGAUCUUCAGCACUGUGCGAUCCUUACCCGAGUACAAAAUAGAAAAUAACCCGACCUUGGGCUGGUGCAAGCACAAUCUAGGCUUCAUCACAGACCGUAACCAGGUCAACGUUGCUAUAACAAGAGCUCGGAAAGGCUUGGUCAUUAUUGGCAAUAGGAAUCUCCUGCAAUGUGACCCUGUCUGGCGCAAAAUGAUUGAAUAUUACGACGACGGAGGAUGCGUUAUGCCAGCUCAUCAGUUUCCUCAACAGGGAGUUGAAAAGUCUAGACAGGAACUUCUGAAAGAACGCAGGGCUCUCAAUAGGCACAGAUAUGGCGACACGUUUGAAUCGGGCGUGGGAAAAACGACAUUUUGGGAAGGUUCUUUUGACGUGCCUGAUGAUGACGACAACGAUGACGAUUUCACUGGAGGCACACCGACUGGAAACGCAUGGCAGGAUCAUGUGUCGUUCGGUCCAAGGGCUGGUUCCGCUAGAGUGCGCUUAAACCAGAAAGAGGCUCGGUCAACACAGGUGAGACGAGGUGGCAACCGUACUCAGAGGAAAUAAUAAUGGCCGAAAAAGCUGAUCAUUGGGCACGAAGGCAUGCGAUUAUCACGGUGAAUAUUAUAGUUUACUUCCAGAACUGGAAAAUUCAUUAUAAAUAAAUGUUAACCUGUUUUAUCUUUUCUCUUUGUUGAUGUUGUAAUGAGAAAUUAUUUGUAACCACGCAUCAUAUUCCAAAUAAGGUGCUAUUUGUCGUGAAUAUGCUCAGUUGUAAACUAUCUUUUUUCGUGUAUAGAUCAUAGUAGUGAGUUGGUUAUCUUUUACUUGGUUUACUUGUCAAAUAUAGUACUUCAUUUAAUGCUGAAAUUUAAAAUUCCGUUUGUAAAUUAUGAUUUGCUUCCCGACAAAGUCAUAUUGAAUUUAUAACUGCUAUUAUAUUGUAUACAUGUAUUGUGUAAGGUUUGGCAGAAUUAUGUGCAUUUGUCUUUUUUUUCUUCAUAGAAUGUAUAGUCUAUCAGUUGUGUUUGUUUUAUCCCACUUUAUGUACUAGGUAAAUCUCUAUAAUAUUUUCCCAGAGUAAUUGUCUCAAUAUGUAUAUGAUUGUUCAGACGGGUUUUUGAAUGCGACCAAUUUUGGCUAAGUAAAGGCCGUUUGUCUUUGUGUCCACUGUAGAAUAUAUACUUGAUGUGUCUGUGUCUAAGUCUGAACAUCUAUUGAGGAGGUAACAGUGUCUGUAACACAUUCAGAGUUUUUGAUUAUGAUUAACAUUCGUCAUUUUAUUUUUCAACAAUUAUAUAUAUUGAUUUUGUUUUAGAGUCAAUUAAGUUUUUCCCUAUGCUUUGAUGUAAAGCAUUUGAGCACCGUGUAUUCACAUGAUCAGAGAAUUAACAAUGUUUAUCUUAUCAUGGCAUAGUGUUUUGUUUCAAUAGUUCUAUAUUUUACAGAUCCGUGUAUCUUGUGUACAAAGUAUAUUUAAUUGUUUCCAAUAUUAUAAUGUUAUGCCCGGUCAUUGCCAAUCUGAAAUCAAUCAUGCUUACUAAAACAUAUAUGUAAUAGAUCAUACGUUGACGUCUUGUGUUGUUUUUUCGUACUCUGUAAUCAAGGAUUGCUUGUGUUGUUUGUUUUUUUUUUACUUUGUUUUCAACUGUAUUUCUAAUUUAUCCAUGACAUAUACUGUAUACAGUUACAUUUUUCUGUUUUUAUUUUGCGUAACAAUUUAGUUUUUCAUUUUGAUGCCGGUGUUAAUUUUGUAUCAUUGAUUCCGUUGUUCAGUUUGUUAUUCCUGACUGGUAUUUUGUAUCAUUCGCCACGACGAAAAUGUGGUGAAACUUGUGUUAAAACGGUUUCAUUUUUGGUUCACAAAUGCUUGUUUAACAUGUGCGUUAAAUUUAACGUAUGCAUUAGUUUAAAAUCCUUGAAUGGCAGUUAUUAUCGCCAUGGCUUUACAUUUUCCAUGUCAGUUUUAGAUUGUUGAUCUAUAUGUAUGUUUUACAUCGUAUAGUGCAAGAGUGGGAGUUUCGUAAUGUUUUCGAAGUGUCUUUGCCAGUUAAAAAUCAAUGCGCCUAUUUUUGUUCAUAGUAAAUCAAUGAGUUAUUAAGACUUGUUUUAAGCUGACCAACUAUCCGUUCAAUACAUGUUAAGAAUAAUUACAUGUAACUUUGUGACGAGAAAAUCGUGUAGAUAUUUACAUUUUUUAGUUAAUAUAAUUGCAAAUACUACCUGUGCCAUAUUUUUUAGAAAUGCGCUUUGUUUGUCUUUCGAUUUAUUAGUUCACAAGAGGUGUUUGUUUUUUCAUUAUCCGUUUCAUAACAACUUAUGCUAAGGCUUAAAUUAUACAAAAUCAAGCAUCGCCGUUGUGUUAAAUGAUUCAUACGUAUAUUGUAUGUUAUUGUGUAGAUAAAAUUAAAGAUUUUGAAAAGUGAUCUACUAAUUAUACAAAGAUUUAUUUUUUCUACAUAUUACAUAAAAGUGUUUUAUUAAUAUAAGUUAUGAAGUGCAUUUUUUCAGUAUUGUUUUACCAUUAUGGGAUUAGAACAAAGACCUGUGGUUUGGAGUCAUUUAAUAGCACGAGAGUUUUCGUUCCAUUUCUUUUCAUGUCUUUCAAUCUUUGUGAUACUUUUUUUAUACUUUUUUCCUCCACUUAUUUUCAUUUUUUGUUUUUUGUUGGUUUUAGAUCUUUUGUAUUCAAGCUAGUUGUGCUUUUCGAAUGAUUUUAUGUAAUAAAAUCACUAAAUUA